AUGACGGGAAAUCGGUCAGAUAACCGAAGAGGUCGGCGUCAACGGCAUUACCGAAUUAGGCCGAAAAGUACCGGAAAAAACCGAAGCCACAAAUUCGACGAUAGCGCCGCUCUCGUAACAUGUGGACUAACUAGACCUUUGCCGUCCUUUUUUCCGCAAGACAAAGCAACAAUGCAUUUGCCUGCCAAAAUAGGAGACUAUACAGACUUCUACUCUUCAAUUCAUCACGCGACAAACGUUGGCAUCAUGUUUCGAGGGAAAGCCGAUGCUCUCAUGCCAAACUGGAAAUAUCUACCUGUCGGUUACCAUGGUAGAGCCAGUUCAGUUGUAAUUACGGGAACAACAGUACAACGUCCGCGUGGACAGACUGUGCCAGUGGAGGGAGCAGAACCAGUUUUUGGUCCUUCGAGACUUUUAGAUUUUGAGUUAGAAGUAGCGUUUUUCGUGGGUGGACCACCUACGAAAUUAGGAGAGAGCAUUCCAGCAUCUAAGGCAUACGAACACAUUUUCGGAAUGGUUGUUAUGAACGACUGGAGCGCACGUGAUAUUCAGAAAUGGGAAUACGUUCCGUUAGGGCCAUUUGGAGCGAAAAAUUUCGGCACAACAAUUUCACCUUGGAUUGUAACAAUGGAAGCCCUGGAGCCCUUUAAGGUUCCUAAUGCGCUACAAGAUCCAAAACCGUUCCCAUAUCUUCUUCACGAAAAUUUAUGCAAUUUUGAUAUUAAACUUGAAGUUCACAUAAAGCCAGAAAAUGGAGCUUUUACUACAGUCUCUCGGAGUAAUUAUAAGUUUAUGUACUGGACUCCGGUUCAGCAAUUGGCUCAUCAUACUGUGACUGGGUGCAAUAUAAACCCAGGUGAUUUGAUGGCUUCCGGAACGAUAAGCGGAGAUACCCCUGAUUCUUACGGAAGUAUGCUUGAAUUGAGCUGGAAAGGAACUCAGCCUAUAAAGAUGCAGGACGGGACAAUAAGAAAGUUUCUUCAGGACGGUGAUGAAGUAAUAAUGCAUGGUUACUGCGUCGGCGAUGGAUUCCGCAUUGGCUUCGGUUUGUGCCAAGGAAAAGUGUUACCAGCACAAAAAAAUGAAGACUAGGAUGCAAAUAAAAACAAAAAUGCAAAAUUUUUAUUUUUGUUGAUCAAUCCCAAUUUGUCUAUUUUCCGAAAAAAUAAAUUCAAUUUUUAUUUAAGGGUUACCAUUAAUCCCUACCUUUGAGCUUUUAAAAUAAAUUUCGUUUUUUUUUAAAUUAUUAAAAAUCAGAAAAAAUGGAUUCAACGAUCAGCAAAAAUCAAAAUUUGAAUUUUUACAGCUAUAAGUUUGGAUCACCCUGAUGAAGACCAACUGUAAUAUGUUUUUUUUUUUUUAUAAUUAUAAUUUCUAGAAAUCAAAUUUGUAUACUUAUGGCGCUUCGUCACAAUAUUAUUUGAGUUUACUGUAUAAAUAAAUU